AUUCACAUUAAACUCGAUUUGUCUUCUCUUCAGUCGAUUCGCGCAUUCGUUCAACAAAUCUAUGAAAACGAGACGAAAAUUGAUAUUCUUGUGAAUAACGCAGGAAUUGCUUUCAUACCGGAGUUGAAAACGGCCGAUGGCUUUGAGAUGGCGUUUGGGACCAACCAUUUAGGACACUAUCUUUUAACUCUACAAUUACUACCACUACUGCGAAAAGCACCGAAAGCUCGUGUCAUAAACGUGGCCUCACUUAUAUAUGCGUUGGGAAGCAUACACUUCGAGAACAUACACCUCGGGAACGGCGCUUACGAUGAACAGAAGGCCUACUGUCAGAGCAAAUUAGCCAACAUUUUGUUUACCAGAGAGUUAGCCAAACGGCUGACAAAUGACACGACAGUUACAGUGUAUGCCUUAUCCCCGGGAAUGGUCAACACGGAUUUUUCUCGACAUAUGAAUGGCCUUAAGAAAGUUGUCUCAAAAUUUUUGUCCAAUACUAUAUCCAUUAAUGUAGAAAAGGGCUGUCAGACCACCCUUUACUGCGCUCUCGAAGAAUCACUGGACAGUGAAUCCGGAUUUUAUUAUGAGUUUGUAUUUCUAUUGAUUUGA